CCCAUGAGCACUUGCGCGGAUCUUAAAUUUGCUGCUGUCAUUAAAGCGACGAGCGGACAAAACCUGCUGCAACCGGAGAAAUACACAGUUUUAUCAUGUUUACAUUGGUGUUCAAACAGCUAGUUACGCCGCUGUGUCAGCGCAGCCCUGCAGCCAUCUGCGCAGCCGUGCGUUUCCAGCAUUCCGCGACGGCGCAGAGCACAGAUGUUGAUCGUCCGUGGACGGGACAGGACAGCCUGGCGCAGGAUGAUCCUGAGAUGUGGGAUCUUCUGCAGAAAGAGAAAGACAGACAGUGUCGAGGACUGGAGCUGAUCGCUUCAGAGAAUUUCUGCAGUCGAGCAGCUCUUGAAGCUCAGGGCUCUUGUCUCAACAAUAAGUACUCAGAAGGUUACCCAGGAAAAAGGUAUUAUGGAGGUGCUGAGGUGGUGGAUCAGAUCGAGCUCUUGUGUCAGAAGCGAGCGCUGGAGGCCUUUGAUUUGGACCCAGCGCUGUGGGGUGUUAAUGUCCAGCCGUACUCCGGAUCUCCUGCUAACUUUGCUGCAUACACCGCCGUUCUCAAUCCUCACGAUCGCAUCAUGGGUCUGGACCUGCCGGACGGAGGACAUCUCACUCACGGCUACAUGUCUGAUGUCAAGCGGAUCUCAGCCACUUCCAUCUACUUUGAGUCGAUGCCCUACAAACUGAACCCUAAAUCAGGUCUGAUAGACUAUGAUCAGAUGGAAUUAACUGCCAGGCUCUUCCGACCCAAACUCAUCAUUGCCGGCACCAGUGCUUAUGCCCGCCUCAUCAACUACGCCCGCAUCAAAAAGUUGUGUGGUGAUAUCGGCGCGUAUAUGUUAGCAGAUAUGGCUCACAUCAGCGGUCUGGUAGCCGCUAAAGCCAUUCCUUCUCCGUUUGAACACGCUGACCUCGUCACAACCACCACACACAAAUCCCUGCGAGGAUCCAGGGCGGGGCUUAUUUUCUAUCGUAAAGGUGUGCGCUCGGUGGAUAAGAAAGGAAAGGAUGUUUUGUAUGACCUGGAGGAUAAGGUGAACUUCUCAGUGUUUCCUUCACUCCAGGGUGGACCACACAAUCACGCCAUCGCUGGAGUCGCUGUGGCUCUCAGACAGGCCACGACGCCCAUGUUUCGAGAAUACAUCGCUCAGGUUCUGAAGAACUCGAAGGCAAUGGCAGACGCUCUUCUGAAGAGAGAUUACACACUGGUGUCAGGUGGAACUGAUAAUCAUUUGGUUCUGGUGGAUCUGAGGCCUCAGGGAAUGGACGGAGCACGAGCUGAACGAGUACUAGAACUGGUUUCUAUCACGGCCAAUAAAAACACUUGCCCUGGAGACAAGAGCGCCAUCACGCCCGGAGGUCUGAGAUUGGGAACUCCUGCGCUCACAUCUCGACACUUUAAAGAAGCCGAUUUUGAGCAGGUGGUGGAUUUCAUUGAUCAGGGCAUCAAGAUCGCACUAGAUGUCAAGAGAAAGACUAAGAAACUGUCAGAUUUCAAGAGCUUCCUGCUUGAAGACGCAGAGACGGUAAAGCGAAUCGCUGAUCUGCGAGCUAAUGUGGAGGCUUUCGCCCGGCCCUUUUCCAUGCCUGGAUUUCUGGACCAUUAACUCGGGACAGCUGGGUAAUGAGGGAAAGAUCAAUGAUUAUACCUGCAUACACACCUGUCAUGUUAUCAAAUCAGCACAUUGAUGGACGAGAAGUUUUUCUUUGAUUAAAUUUAUUGUUGGCUUUGUAAUCGGGUACUACAUUAAUAAUCAUUUACUGACAUUAAAAGUCUUAAAAUGACCAAUAGUAUGUAGGAAAUGUACCUGCUAACAUCCACCACUUGGAAACAUUUUCAUAAAGAAAUGAAAUCUUCAGGACAACGGUGUUCAAUAGUGAUAGUGUGUGUGUGUGUGUGUGUGUGUGUGUGUGUGUGUGUGUGUGCUUGUGUGUGCAAAUGCGUGUGCUUGUGUAUAUGUGCGUACAUGUUUGAACAUUAGGAUGUUUAACAUCUUUUUUGUCUUUCAUAGACUUCUGAUGCAAUAAUGUUUACUGGACAUGUUCCAAAUUUUCCUUUACAAACUACAAAAUGUCUUCAACUUUUUUAAACUUUCGACAUUAACAUCAGUUGUUCUUUAAUACAUCAAGCUAUUUUUAAAUGUAAAGAGAAGAGAGUUUAUCUUUCUAACAGUAUUAGUAGUUUAGUGAUUACUCGCUGUACAUGUUUACUGUUAACAGAUGCAUUGAUAUUGAUCAAUACUCUUUAUCUAUCACACACACACAAUCCAGCACUCGCUGUCACCUCAACAAAACCUCUUUUUAUUAAGAAAUGAUUGUUUAUAAAUUGACACAUCUUUACAAAUGUUUUUCUAAGAGCGUCUAAUCCCAAUAAAUUUCUGUAGAAGGAAACUUUACUGUUUGUGUUUGUUUGUGAUGUCUUUAGUAUGAAGGUUAUUGAUCGUUCUCCUCUGAUCACAAACCGUUUCGUACGUCAUCUUCAGCAGAAUGAUGUUUGAAUCAGAGAAUUAUGAUGAAAUAAAUGUGCGUUUAAUAAACAUUAAGUACAACGCCUAACAAAACCUGACAAUACCUUUUCUAUCUUUUCACUUUACCUCACAACCAAAGAUAUAAGAAAUCCUAUUUGUUGUUUAAAUGAAGGCCACUGUAGAGAAUAAAUGAUUUAAUAUCAUAUAAUGAUUCAUUCUGUAACACUGUGUGUUAAAAUAACAAGCACAAGCUUUCAUCCACGUCUACAGGUUUGAUAUCUAAAAAUAUGACACAAAUAUUCACAGUUUUUGGAAGAUUCAGACUGUAUGUGAAAGAAAAACUGCAGGAGUAAAAAUCAAACUCACUCCCACUAACAUGCACACAAAUAAACACCGAUACAAACACACACAGAGAUAAAAAAAACA